CAUUGGAUUUCUCCCCAACUGCUUGUCACACUGACCUGCACCAUCUCUCAACUGCUCGGGGGUUUCUGUCAACUAGUACUGGAGGGGAGCAAACUCUUUGGUGAAUAACCUUUUAUUGUGGUCAUGCCAGAACCCACUAAGAAAGAGGAAAAUGAAGUGCCAACCCCAGCUCCAGCCCCACCCCCAGAAGAACCAAACAAAGAGAAGGAAGCUGGAACUGCACCACCAAAAGAUGAAGAGGAAGUCUUCCCGCCUAAUGCUGUGCCUCCAGGUUUGUGUAGUCGGGCCCUGGAGAGAAAAGAUUCAGAAUGGUCUCUUGGGGAAUCACCUGCCACAGAAGAACAUGAGAAGCAGAAUGCCAAUUCUCAGCUAUCCACCCUGUUCGUGGAAAAGCCUCAAACAGGAACAGUGAAAGUUGGUGACAAUAUCAGCUUUAUAGCCAAAGUCAAGGCUGAAGAUCUUCUUAGAAAACCGAGUGUCAAAUGGUUCAAAGGGAAAUGGAUGGACCUGGCUAGCAAGGCAGGGAAGCACCUCCAGCUGAAGGAAACGUUUGAAAGGCAAAGUCGGGUGUACACAUUUGAGAUGCAGAUCAUCAAGGCCAAAGAGAACUAUGCAGGAAACUACAGAUGUGAGGUCACCUAUAAGGAUAAGUUUGACAGCUGUUCGUUUGAUCUUGAAGUACACGAAUCUACCGGGACUACUCCAAACAUUGACAUCAGAUCUGCUUUCAAGAGAAGUGGAGAAGGUCAAGAGGAUGCAGGGGAACUUGACUUUAGUGGUCUCCUGAAACGUAGGGAGGUGAAGCAGCACGAGGAAGAACCCGAGAUAGACGUGUGGGAAUUGCUGAAAAAUGCGAACCCCAACGAGUACGAGAAGAUCGCCUUUCAGUACGGCAUCACCGACCUGCGCGGCAUGCUCAAGCGGCUCAAGCGCAUGCGCAGGGUGGAGAAGAAGAGCGCAGCUUUUGCAAAAAUUCUUGAUCCUGCAUAUCAGAUUGAUAAAGGAGGCAAGGUUAGGUUCGUUGUGGAACUGGCAGAUCCAAAGUUGGAGGUGAAAUGGUAUAAAAAUGGUCAAGAAAUUCGACCCAGCACAAAAUACAUCUUUGAACAUAAAGGAUGUGAAAGAAUCAUGUUUAUCAAUAACUGUUCGCUAACAGAUGACUCGGAGUAUUAUGUAACAGCUGGUGAUGAAAAAUGUUCCACUGAGCUCUUUGUGAGAGAGCCUCCAAUUAUGGUGACCAAACUGUUGGAAGAUACAAAUGCUUACUGUGGGGAGAAAGUGGAAUUAGAAUGUGAGGUAUCUGAAGAUGACGCCAAUGUAAAAUGGUUUAAGAAUGGUGAGGAGAUCAUCCCGGGUCCCAAAUCAAGAUACAAAGUUAAAGUUGAGGGCAAAAAACACAUUUUGAUCAUAGAAGGAGCAACCAAGGCCGACAGUGCAGAAUAUUCUGUAAUGACAACAGGAGGACAAUCAUCCGCUAAGCUUAGUGUUGACUUGAGGCCUCUGAAGGUAUUGACACCUCUGACUGAUCAGACUGUAAAACUUGGAAAAGAAAUCUGCUUGAAGUGUGAAAUCUCUGAAAACAUAUCAGGAAAAUGGACUAAAAAUGGCCUACCAGUUCAGGAGAGUGACCGUCUAAAGGUUGUGCACAAAGGAAGAAUCCACAAAUUAGUGAUAGACAGUGCUCUCAUUGAGGAUGAAGGUGAUUAUGUAUUUACACCAGAUGCCUACUCUAUUACUUUGCCUGCCAAAGUUCGUGUUAUUGAUCCUCCUAAAAUCAACCUAGAUGGUCUUGAUGCUGACAAUACAGUGACAGUAAUUGCAGGAAGCAAGCUUCGUCUAGAGAUUCCCAUCACUGGAGAACCACCUCCUAAAGUCAUUUGGAGCCGAGCAGACAAGGCUAUUAUGGAGGGCAGUGGCCGGAUAAGAGCAGAAUCUUACCCUGACAGCAGCAGUCUGAUCAUUGAUGCAGCUGAAAGAGAUGAUUCUGGUGUUUACAACAUAAAUCUGAAAAAUGAAGCUGGAGAAGCACAUGCCAGCAUCAAGAUUAAAGUUGUGGACAUCCCUGAUCCUCCAGUGGCACCGAAUGUGACAGAUGUGGGAGAUGACUGGUGCAUCAUGAACUGGGAGCCUCCUGCCUACGAUGGAGGGUCCCCAAUCUUAGGAUACUUUAUUGAGAGGAAAAAGAAACAAAGCUCCAGAUGGAUGAGGCUGAAUUUUGAUCUCUGCAAAGAAACAACUUUUGAGCCCAAAAAAAUGAUUGAAGGCGUGGCCUACGAGGUCCGCAUCUUUGCUGUCAAUGCCAUCGGCAUCUCCAAGCCCAGUAUGCCCUCCAAGCCUUUUGUUCCUUUGGCUGUAACCAGCCCUCCUACUCUUCUGGCUGUUGACUCUGUAACUGACACCACGGUCACAAUGAAGUGGCGGCCCCCAGACCAGAUCGGUGCAGCAGGUUUAGAUGGCUAUGUGCUAGAAUAUUGCUUGGAAGGAAGUUUAAAAAGUACAUCAGCAAAACAGUCUGAUGAAAAUGGGGAGGCUGCAUAUGAUCUGCCAGCUGAGAACUGGGUAGUUGCGAACACAGAUCUGAUUGACAAGACCAAGUUCACCAUCACGGGACUGCCAACGGACGCAAAGAUCUUUGUGCGUGUGAAGGCUGUGAAUGCAGCCGGUGCCAGUGAGCCUAAGUACUACUCUCAGCCCAUUCUUGUGAAGGAAAUCAUAGAGCCUCCAAAGAUUCGCAUCCCAAGGCACCUGAAGCAAACCUAUAUCCGCAGAGUUGGAGAAGCUGUUAACCUGGUUAUACCUUAUCAGGGAAAACCAAGACCAGAGUUAACUUGGAAGAAGGAUGGUGCAGAAAUUGAUAAGAAUCAAAUAAAUAUCCGCAACUCUGAUACUGAUACCAUCAUAUUUAUCAGAAAAGCGGAGAGGAGCCACUCUGGGAAAUAUGAUCUGCAAGUCAAAGUGGAAAAAUUUGAGGAAAGUGCAUCAAUUGAUAUCCAGAUUGUUGACCGUCCAGGUCCGCCCCAAGUUGUGAAGAUUGAGGAUGUGUGGGGAGAGAAUGUUGCUCUAUCGUGGACACCACCAAAGGAUGAUGGAAAUGCAGCCAUUACAGGGUACACGAUCCAGAAGGCUGACAAGAAGAGCAUGGAAUGGUUCACUGUCAUUGAGCAUUAUCACCGAACCAGCGCCACCAUUACUGAACUGGUCAUAGGAAAUGAAUAUUACUUCCGGGUCUUUGCUGAAAACAUGUGUGGCCUCAGUGAGGAUGCAACAAUGACUAAAGAAAGCGCUGUGAUUGCCAAGGACGGUAAAGUCUAUAAAAAUCCAGUGUAUGAAGACUUUGAUUUCACAGAGGCGCCCAUGUUUACUCAGCCUUUGGUUAACACCUACGCUAUAGCUGGGUACAAUGCCACUCUGAACUGCAGUGUGAGAGGAAAUCCUAAGCCCAAAAUCACCUGGAUGAAAAACAAAGUUGCUAUUGUGGAUGACCCAAGAUACAGGAUGUUCAGCAACCAAGGGGUCUGUACGCUGGAGAUUCGCAAGCCCAGCCCCUAUGACGGAGGGACUUACUGCUGCAAAGCAGUCAAUGACCUUGGGACGGUGGAGAUCGAAUGCAAACUGGAGGUGAAAGUGAUAUAUCAAGGAGUAAUUACCCCUGGACAACCAUUCUUCUUGGAGGGGCAACAACAGGUGGCCUUUCUUUCUGCAGGCUCCUGUUGCAAGGUGUGCCUCCUAACAUAAUCGAUUCAUAUUUGCGAGACUUGCAAUCAAGCAAUCCUGAGGAAUACUAAGGGCCUGGGCACUGCCUCACUGCACUUCACUGCUUUGAAAUCUGGUUGCAAUGAGAAAACAUUUUCUGUUUUAACACCAGGCACCUAAGUGUGGCCAUUUUUUUUUCCCUCCCAGUGUUAAAGAAAAAAAAAAAAGUUUGCACGGAUUGCUUAAUUAAAAAUUGCAAACAAAAUCCCAUUUGAAGUCAGCAUUUUGAUCAUUAUUGUCUGUGCCUGGUCAUUAAACUUUACAAAAAAAAGCAAGCUACAGAAUAAGCAAAAGCACUUAUUUUAGCUUAAAAUAAUAGGCUGUAAAUGCUUUUUUUUUCCCAGAGUAAAAAACUAAAAUACACACAAUAGAAUCUUGAAAACCCAUCUUUCUCUUGAUCUAAGAGAUUUUUCUAAGCAAAGCGGAGUUGUUUAUUUCACACAACCCUGCUUAACACCAGUGGAUCUGUGCCUUUUUCCCAUUUGAAUGCACUAAAAGACUUCUUCAAGUCUUUCAAAACAAGUUUUCUCAACAGAAGGGAAAAAUGUAUCCAAUAAAUG